AAUAAAUCAUUCAAACGAUCGGUUUGUCAGUUAUCAGUGAAUUCAUAGUUUUACAAAAAAAACAGUUGACAUCAUCUGCUGAUAAGUGAAGAUAUUUUGUUUUAUUAAAUCAAUUAAAAAAAGACAGUUAGUUAUGGGUCAGCCAGAGAAGGACAAGAAGAAGGGCAGCGAAGACAAAGGAAAAGUUAAGAAAACAGACAGCAAUGCUCUCGAGAAUACCAGAGGAACACUGUUUUCACAAUUGAGAAAAAAAGACGACAAAAAAGGAUCCAAUGAUUCAAAGAAGUCGUCGACAGAAGCAAAGAAACCGUCAACGGAUCCAAAGAAAUCGUCGUCGGAUCCGAAGAAGUCGUCGACAGACAAUAAGAAGUCAUCGACUGAUGCAAAAAAACCAUCAACGGAUCCUAAGAAGUCGUCAUCCGAUCCAAAGAAGUCAUCGUCGGAUCCAAAGAAGUCAUCGUCGGAUCCAAAGAAGUCGUCAUCCGAUCCUAAGAAGUCGACAUUGGAUUCUAAGAAGUCGUCAUCGGAUCCUAAGAAGUCGUCAUCGGAUCCAAAGAAGUCAUCGUCGGAUCCAAAGAAGUCGUCAUCGGAUCCUAAGAAGUCGUCGUCGGACCCAAAGAAGUCGUCGUCGGAUUCAAAGAAGUCGUCAUCAGACAAGAAAAAGCCUUCAACCGAUCCCAAAAAGUCAACACCGGAUCGAUUGAAACUGUUAUCCGAUCCGAAAAAACCGUCAACAGAUCCCAAGAAGCCAUCAGCGGACCCUAAAAAACCAUUGUCUGAUCCGAAAAAGGUUACCAAUAAAUCACCAUCUGUUCCGAAAAAGCCAUCGUCUGAUCCAAAGAAAGAGGGAAGCAGUGGUUCAUCCGGUGCUCAGAAGUCGAGCGAUAAAAAUAAAGUGGUUUCCGAUACAAAAUCAAAGACCAUUCAAAAGAGUAGCGGUUCUUCAGGGCUUCAGAAGAAGAAAUCUGAUCCAAAGAUUACGCCAAUAAAGUCCGGACCAAUUAUCGGCCAAAAGAAAUCAGAGCCGAUAAUUGGGACCAAAAAAUCUGAACCUAAAAUCACCACUAAAUCCGUACCAAUGAUCGACAAAAAGAUAUCCGAACCGAAAAUCGAGUUUAGAAAAUCGGAACCAAAGAUUGAAAUGAAGAAAUCGGAGACUUCUGUUAAGCCCAUAGACCUAUCAUCUCCGGCAGUGGACUCGGAGUUCGGUAAGAAGAAACCGUCCGAACCUAAACUACCGACAAAAAAACCGUCCGAACCUAAACUACCGGAAAAAAAACCGUCCGAACCUAAACUGCCGGCAAAAAAACCAUCGGAACCAAAGCUGCCGACAAAAAAACCGUCCGAACCUAAAGUGGCCACUGUUUCGGCCGACAAUUCUGCUGUCAGUAGCGGCGGCGGCGCUACUGUCGAUACGACAUCAAAACCCGAUGACAAACCCAAAACCACUUCAUCUGAUGGGACUCCGGCCGGCAGUUCCACCAAUGGCUUAGCGAUUGCACCGUCGAAUACUGUAGAGACUGGUUGGCAAACAUCAGCCGAUACAAUCCAAAGCGAUUAUCCGCCACCGCCUCCACCCGAGCCCACACCCAUAUAUGACGGCGGACACCCUGUUGGCCAAGAAUAUCUUGUUGUUCCGGAAAGACCAGAAAGCAUGGAUGAAGACGAUUGGCAAAUGCCAGUACGUCGAGAACAAGAAGAAGAUUAUUACCAACAAAUAGUUUUGCCGAGUCGUACACAUUCUUCAGAAGACUCGCAGGACUCAGACUCGGAGGACUCAGACGAAAGAAGAACUGUUAGUAGAGGCCGAAGAACGAGACGAAGAAGAACGAGAAGUAACGGCAAAGAGUGCCGAUGCGGUUGGCAUACAAGUAGACGCCGACGAAAAUCAAAGAAGAAUCGGAAGAAGAGUGGCCGCAAAAGUCGGGGUUCUAAGGGACGAAGGAAGCGACGAAGUCGUUCUUCGAGAAGCAGUAGUGAAAGUGGUGGAAGAGGCAGAAGAAGAAGUGGUGGAAGAGGCGGUAGAAGAGGCGGUAGAAGAGGCGGUAGAAGAGGCGGUAGAAGAGGCAGUGGAAGUGGCAGUGGAAGUGGCAGUGGAAGAGGCGGUAGAAGAGGCGGUGGAAGAGGCGGUGGAAGAGGUGGAGGAAGUGGAGAAAGAAGACAGAAUGCGGUUGUUAUUCGCGGAGAUUUUGAUGUGAGUCGGGUUUGAUGUCUGUUAUCAUCAAUCAAUCAGUCUGUCUGUCCAUACAUUUAGUCCACAUAUAUCUACAGUAUAUCGGUGUCAAAGUAACCAAAAAAAAAAAAAUAAAUGAUUGCAUUUAUAUAUCAUUUGUAAGAUUUGUUUGAUUCAAAUCAAAUAAAAAAAGACACAACUAAUUUGU